AUGCAAUAUGACCCGCUUCCCUCCCCGAUUCCUGCAUGCAGCAUGCACACGCAGUUUCGCCAGGUGAUGUCACCAGCUGAGUCAGCCUACGGGAAAGCCGUUCCCGAGGCCCGGGAGCUAAGAAAGAUUCUGCGUCGGGUCUCCAGCUCGAAUGCAGGCCCAGCCAACGCCCUUGAUUUGCUAUUUUGUACGCGCGAUGGCCUGGAAGUCGUCUCUAGUUUGCUCUCACCGUCUAUUGUAGGCCAAUGGAUGGCUGGUGUGGCAUAG